AUGGCAUCGGCUGCUGCUGGCACUAGAGCUCAGGACAGGACCGCAACAAACGCCUACCUGAACUGUGACGUAACCAGCCUCUUCAGCCUCAAGGACCACGUUGUGGUCAUCACGGGCGGUGCCAGGGGUAUUGGUUUGACGCUGGCUUUUGCCGUCGCAGAGGCCGGGGGUUUGGUCGCGGUGAUCGACGCCGCGCCGGCGCCGCAUGAGCAUUUUGAGAUCUUGAAGCAGAGGGACAGCAGGGCGAGGUAUUAUCACUCUCCCUUCUCCAGAUCAGAUGUCACCGACUACGAGCGUCUCAAGAAGACCUUCGACUUGAUCGUCCAAGACUUCCACCGCAUCGAUGGAAUCAUCACCGCGGCGGGCAUCUGCCCCGAUGAGCCCUUCCUCGACCGCCACCCGAGCAGCGUGAGGCGAACAUUCGACAUCAACGUGCUGGGGACGUACUACGCGGUACAACUCGCCGUGCGACAAAUGACCUCGCAAACACCUCUGGCCUCGAUCUCUCCCACCUCUUCCACCUUGCAUGCUCCUGUUGCAGCCGGCUCCGUCGUCCUAAUCGCCAGCAUCGCCGCCCACCAAGCGUCCAAGCAGCAAUACACGUCGGACUACUGCGCAUCGAAGGGCGCCGUACUGGCUCUGUGCCGACAGCUCAGCGUCGAGCUGGCCAAUCUCGGCGUGCGGGUCAACUGCAUCUCGCCCGGCUAUGUCAUGACCGACAUGAUCCUGGACAUCAGCGCCACCAGGCCGGGGCUGGCCGAGGUAUUCGUCUCCGAACCGCCCAUGAAGCGCAUGGCCGACCGCUCGGAACUCAUGGGCGCCGCCGUCUACCUCCUAAGUGAGGCCAGUAGUUAUAUGACUGGGGGGGAGUUGUUGAUUACCGGCGGUAUGCACGCGGGGAGGAAUUGA